CACAGAGCUCUCGUUUGAAACGUUGACCAUCCUCGCCGCUUUUUACACUGGGUUGAGCUCCUCUCCGACACGCACGACAACAUGAGCGCACUACGGUCUUGUGUGCAGCGCUCUAUGGGCUCAUCUUUCACGUCGACAAUCCGUCCCGGCUUCCACGUACCUCCGCAUUGGCGAUUUGCUGCGCCCCAGGCAGCGUCACUCCGCUCUCAGCGGUUCUUCUCAUCCGCACUACCAAGAGCAGACGAUGCGGCCUCGUCGUCUUCGGGCUCUAAGCCCCCGGAGUCUAGUAAUGAGGUGACGUUCAAGACAGAGGACCCCCGUCUCUCUUUGACCUUCACAUGUAUGGUGACGGCGUGCGGCAUGCGGUCAUCGCAUAUGUUCACGAAACGGAGCUAUGAGAAGGGUAUAGUCAUUGUCCAAUGUCCGGGGUGCAAGAAUCGGCACCUCAUAGCAGACCAUCUUGGGUGGUUCAAGGAGAGCACAGAGGACGGGAAGCUGAAAACCGUCGAGGACCUGAUGCAUGCGAAGGGAGAGAAGGUCAGGCGUGGUGUGGUGAACGAUGACGGUGUACUUGAGUAUUCGGAGUAACCGUCCUGCCAGUCUCAUGCCUUGUAACAACCUACGUUAUUUUCUCUUGCUAGAUUGAGUUCGAAAGCUAUGUUGUCAACGUUGUGCUCAUAAA